UUGCAUAGAUAUGUGUGUAAAAACAGAACAUUCAUAGAGAGGGCAGAGUGCCAUCAAAGGUGAUUACAGAGACAGUAAAGUUAUUUUAUGCCAGGCAAAACAAAAUGCUGGGUAUCUCAUAGUGUUUCAGAACCUGAUUUCAAAAGGAUCAUACAGCUAGAAAAUAAAAUUUAGCAUGGUGGACCGUUCUACAGGAUAUAUUUGUCAAUGGAAUUUUUCCAUAAUCAUACUACUAACAUGAGAAAAAAAUGAUUGCUAUUGAUUUGAAAUUUGACAAAAUUCCAAAGGCGACCUUUUCUCUUCUCAUUUUAGAGAAAAAUGAGCAGUUGGAAUUGUUGGAUUUGCAAGAUGUGCAGAGAUGAAUCUAAGAGGCUUCCUUCAAACAUUACUUUGGAGGAAGUGUUACAGUGGGGCCAGUCUUUUGAAAAGCUGAUGGCUACAAAAUAUGGUCCAGUGGUCUAUACAGCAUACUUAAAAAUGGAGCACAGUGACGAGAAUAUUAAAUUCUGGAUGGCCUGUGAAACCUAUAAGAAAACUGCCUCUCGGUGGAGCAGAAUUUCUAGGGCAAGAAAACUUUAUAAGAUUUACAUCCAGCCACAGUCCCCUAGAGAGAUUAACAUUGACAGUUCAACAAGAGAAACUAUCAUCAGGAAUAUUCAAGAACCCACUCAAACGUGUUUUGAAGAGGCUCAAAGGAUAGUGUAUAUGCACAUGGAAAGAGAUUCCUAUCCCAGAUUUCUCAAGUCAGAAAUGUACCAGAGACUUUUGAAGACUAUUCCAUCCAAGAACAAUUCCUAACUCUCACUCAAAAGUAUAAAUUGAAAACGGUGCAUUGAAAGUGCUGGCUUUGUUUCUUUAAUUAACACACACACACACACACACACACACACACACACACACACAC